UAAAAUGAAGAAGAAUGGUCACACACGGUCUAUUUAGCGGCUCAUGUUUUCGGCCCACAUGUAGAUUUGAUUUGUUUACGAUUAAGGAAAUAUGUUACGGGUGACACAGACCAAAAAUAGCCUGCUCGAUGGCGCCACAAUUGCUAACAACCUAUACACCACCCCGAAAGACUGCGAGGAGUUCUUCGAGACCCUCGAUAAGCCUUCGGAGGACCCCAAAACGUUUGCACCCCGAAAAACCUUCAUUCGCGCCGGAGUACUUACGACUGUCAGAGGAUCUGCCUAUAUGGAAUAUGGUAACACAAAGAUCCUGGCUAUUGUCGCGCCACCGCAUGAGCUAAUGCGCGCCAGUGCCCGACGCAUGAACAUGGGUGUCAUCAACUGCUAUGUGAACUUCGCAGCCUUCGCCACCGGCGAGCUGGAAUCCGUUCCAGAGCGGGAACGGCUCUUGGGUAGCAUGCUGACAAAGGCACUCGAGCCGGUGGUGUGUCGAACCGAGUUCCUUAACUUUCAGCUCGACAUCCGGGUGCUGAUCUUAGACGACGACGGUUGUCUGCUGAGCACUGCCAUCAACUGCUGCGGCGUGGCCUUGGUUGAAUGCGGAAUUUCCACCUAUGACUUGAUUACAGCCUCGACGGCGUGUGUUUAUCGAAAUCACGUUUUCCUGAACCCCAGCGCCAAGGUGGAGGAACUUCUGUGGAAGCAUCGCGGAGCUCAAGUUAAACCUGAAAGUGAGUCGGCCGCCCAGGAACAUGGUUUGAUCAUCACCGCCAGUAUGGACACGUUUGAUCAGAUAGCUCAAUGUCAACAGUGUGGCUACCUCAACCCGGAAACCUAUGUGAAACUAAUGGACUACACACUAGCUAUUAAUAGAUCCCUAAGGCAGCUAAUUCGGCAAGUGCUGACCACCCGAGUCAAGGAGCAGCACGAGUUGGACCUGCGCGAAAAGACAGAGAGCGCCCUAGAGGAUAAGAAGCUAAAGGAGAUUAUUGAACGACUGCAGCAAAAGGGACUGGAUGAGUUCAUCCAGUCAAACAUCAAAGAAGAUCCCUAUGUGAAAAGAAUGUAAAUAAAUGAAUUACGGGUUUGAAGCCGUAAUCGUGCUAAUUAGGAA